AAAAAUAAUAAUAAAUAAAUAAACUUUCUUUGACUAAAAAUAAAAUUGGAAACUUAGUUCCAAACAAGCUAUAAAAAAAUAGAAUUUAGGCACACAUAAUUAGAGAGAUAAAAAAAUACGGAGACAUGUGUUCAUUACAAAUAGUUUAAUAACACAUUAGUAAUCACUAUCAACAAGGCGAUACUUGAUUAAACAGUUAAAUGAGAGUAAUUAGAGGUUUGAAGACUUAUAAUACUUUGUAUAUAUAAAUUACAUACUAUAUAAUGAAAUUUAAAAACCAGUAAAAAAAAAAAUGGCAAAAUCCAAAAACAAGAAAAAGAAGUUAAAUAGGAGCACUUUGUAUAAACUAUAAAAUGAAAUAAAAAUAAAGUCCAAAAAUAGCAAAAAGAAACAAAAAAAAUGAUCGGGUAAAGAAUCGAACCUAGGAUCAAAGAGAAAUACAAGCUUUACUCAAGCCCAUCAACCACCAGACCAAAUGUUGUCUUUGUUAUAUAAGGUAUACAUGUAAGGUAUUUAUUCUUAUUUACAGCAUUUAUUUAAGCUAACAUAAAUUAAAUUUUUUUUUGGAAAAAUGGGGGGACAACCGUCCCCCCUUGUUCCUACAUGGCUCCGCCCCUGGGCUUGUCUGGCCAAAUCGGCUUUUCGGGUCAGAUUCGGACUUUUUAAUAAGAAAUGUGUUUUUAAGUUUGCCCAAAUCCGUCCUAUGUUUGGCUGAAUCGGGUCAGGUGAAUGUUGCUGGUCUCUCUUCCCUCUUUGUUCCAUCAUCUAUUUUCUGUCUAUUAAUUCAUUCAAUCAGUUGUGUAAAAGCUUAAAGAACGCAAAAAUGGCGACUGUUGCUAGACUGCAACUUCUCCAACUACAUCCACACCCUAAACUCCUCAAACCCUGUUUUCUCUCUCCUCGCAUCAAAUUCAAACUCCCCAAUUUCUGUUUCUCCUCUUCUUCGCGAAGCUUCUCUGCCUUUCGUUGCCUUUCCUCCAAUACCGAUCAAAUUCGUCAGAAUUCUUCCCAUAAUGAAAAAGAUGGGUCAAUUGUUGGGGAUUUGCUAAAUUAUCUCAAUGAAUCAUGGACCCAAUUUCAUGCCACUGCUGAAGCUAAAAGGCAACUACUUGCUGCUGGCUUCCACCUACUGAAUGAGAAUGAAGAAUGGGAACUCAAGCCUGGUGGUCGAUACUUUUUCACAAGAAAUAUGUCUUCUUUGGUUGCUUUUUCCAUUGGUGAAAAUUACAAUACUGGCAAUGGAUUUCACAUUAUUGCAGCCCACACCGACAGUCCAUGUUUAAAACUAAAACCAAUAUCAGCAUCGUCAAAACCUGGAUAUCUAAUGCUGAAUGUUCAAACAUAUGGUGGUGGCUUGUGGCACACUUGGUUUGACCGAGACUUAAGUGUUGCUGGAAGAGUUAUAGUUAGGAGUGAUGAUGGUUCCUUCAUUCAGAGACUUGUGAAAAUAAAUAGACCACUAUUGCGAAUACCUACUCUAGCCAUUCAUCUCAACCGAACAGUUAAUCAGGAUGGUUUCAAACCUAAUUUAGAAACACAGCUUGUCCCAUUGCUGUCAACAAGAUGUGAAGAAGAGCUUCCAGAGUCUAAAGAACAGGGACCAACAAAAUCUUCUAAGGCUUGGCAUCAUCCACAGCUUCUGGAGGUUCUGUCUGAAGAGUUGGAUUGUUGUGUUGAUGACAUAGUGAGUCUCGAGCUUAAUGUUUGUGAUACUCAAGCCAGCUGUCUGGGGGGCAUGAACAAUGAGUUUAUAUUUUCUGGAAGAUUAGAUAAUCUUGCCUCUAGUUUUUGUGCACUUAGAGCUCUUCUUGAUUCUUGUUCAUCUCCUGGAGAUUUAUCUAAUGAAGAUGCUGUACGAAUGAUUGCUUUAUUUGAUAAUGAAGAGGUGGGUUCUGACUCAAUCCAGGGUGCUGGUGCACCCACAAUGUUUCAAGCUAUGAGACGCAUAGUUAGCUGCUUGGCUGGUGAAAAUGUUGGUGAAGGGACUGUAGAAAGAGCGAUUCGGCAAUCAUUUUUAGUCUCAGCUGACAUGGCUCAUGGAGUUCACCCAAAUUUUAUGGACAAACAUGAAGAAAACCAUCGGCCACAAAUGCAAAAGGGGCUUGUUAUAAAACAUAAUGCUAACCAGCGCUAUGCUACUAGUGGAGUUACUGCUUUUCUUUUCAAAGAAGUUGCAAAAAUUCAUAACUUACCAACUCAGGAAUUUGUGGUCAGAAAUGACAUGGGGUGUGGAUCCACUAUUGGUCCCAUACUUGCUGCAGGUGUUGGGAUACGAACUGUUGAUUGUGGCAUCCCUCAGCUUUCCAUGCACAGUGUGAGGGAAAUAUGUGGAAAGGAAGAUGUAGACACUGCUUAUAAGCUUUUCAAAGCAUUUUACAAGACAUUUUCCAGUGUUGACAGAAAAUUAUCUGUUGAUGAGUUUUUCCAUUGAGGCAGCGGUAGCCCUGAGGGAGACAGUAUUGAGAAUCAUCCUAUUAGUUCCUCUAUCACAUGUUAUCCAUAAACGACUAAUUUAUAAUUUCAAAUGAAUUAGUUGCUGAUUGGCCAGAUUCUGAACAUUUCAAUGAGCCGGGUGGGAGACUGCUUAUGCAGCCAAAAAUUCAAGUGCAUAUUGACCUUGUGAAGGGGUGUAACAAACUUCUGGAAUCAAAUAAUCUGUCACUUUCCGAGGAUUGUAUCGAACCUUGAAGGUCACUCAAAGUAGUUAGGUUGCAGUCAUAGAUUAUCCUUGAAAAGCUUUUGCUGGAGUGCAGGAUUGACGGCACAACUCUUGAUCUCAUAUCUUUUCAAUCACAUUCUAAAAAGGCAGUAUUGGAUUUGGAACUUAAACAGUCAUUUUUUGUUCAAUAAUUUCUGUUGUUUUACUAACUUUAUGAACCAUUUUGCAAAAUUUACAAUCACUGUACUACAUUUCA